AUGGCACUCGUCUCCCGGAUCGCGAACGGCGUAUACACCGGCCUCUUCAAAAAGAACGCUGCCUUCCUUACCACGGUCUUUCUCGGCGCCUUCGCUUUCGAAAUUGGUUUUGAAUAUGGCGCGAAUGCAAUGUGGGACCAAUGGAACAAAGGUCGGCAAUGGAAGGAGAUCAAACACAGAUACAUGACUCCACCCGACGAAGAGGAGUGA